AUGGGAUUAUUUUUAGAUAGGAGUUUUCGUGAUGUUAUAAUUCGCGACAGCGUGUUGGGCUUUAACUUCGACCCAGGAUCAUCAUCUGCAACCGCUUUCACCCAAUACAUUUUAUGGGAUUUCCCAGCAAAGUAUGAAUUAUGGCCAAAACCAUGGCGUUGCAGAUGA